AUUUUAGACAACCUUCAUUAUCUACUAUCCUAUAAGUUAUGUUUUUCAACCAGAAUUCUUUUCUGAAAAAAGAAACAAUAAAAACAAUUCAUAGAUAUGGGCGUUUGAGGCUCUUAGAUCUAACCUUUUAACAGGCGAGGAGCUUUUUGGGCACCGUAGUUAUAAGAGAACAUCAGAAAAGUACUUUGAAUGGAUCAUUUUGUAAAUUUGAUAUCGAGACAAUAUUAUCACUGCCAUGUCGAGCUGAUGAGGCGAAGCAACAAAUACCAAACUAUUCGGCCUUUUUAAAAUAAGCGGGCCUUUUACGUUUCUGGUGAAGCUCACUGCAAAGGAUUUUAUGGAUUCUUCUAAGCAGAAUGAACGUCAACCCCCUAGGGCUGUGAAGAAAAAAAAUCAAACUCCAGAAGGGCAGCUGAGAUUUUGUCUAGAAACAUGUUCAAAACACAAGGAUAUAUCGCAAGCAAUCUCACUAUAUGAAAAAGCAAUGGCCCAAGGAAUAAAACUCAAUCUUUAUCAUUGCAAUACACUUCUAUAUCUCUGCUCUUCCGAGGCCCUGGGACUCCUCAGACCCGAAGAGACUCUUAAAGAAUCUGAUAAAACAUUUGCCUUCAAUAAGGGAUUUGAAAUAUACCGACAUAUGAUCAGCUCCAACAUCCCUCCGAAUGAAGCUACACUCACAGCAGUUGCUAGGCUGGCAGCUGCCAAUGAGGACGGUGACAUGGCCUUUGAAAUGGUGAAGAAAAUGGUCAGUCAGAAUCUGUUCCUCAAGCUGAGGUCUUACAGCCCCGCUCUGCUUGCUUUUUGUAAAAGAAAAGAGGCUGACAAGGCAUAUGAGGUGGACGAGUAUAUGGUGAGCAAGGGUGUCAAGCCAGAGGAGGAAGAGUUGAGGGCACUAUUGAGGUUAAGUAUUGAAGUGGGUAGAGAAGAAAAGGUGUAUUCUUUAAUGCAUAGGUUGAGGGCCAAUGUUAGACAGGUGUCACCUUCUACUUGUGAGGUUAUCGAGCAGUGGUUUAAGAGCAAGGUUGGGGCUGAGGUGGGGAAGGAGAAGUGGGAUGCGGUUAAAAUUAGGGAAGCAAUGGUGAGUGAUGGUGGAGGUGGGCAUGGUCAAGGUUGGCUGGGAAAGGGGAAUUGGAGAGUUGAGAAAACUAUUAUGAGUCCAGAGGGUGUUUGUCAAUGCUGUGGUAAGCAGCUGGUUAGUAGUGACAUUGAUUCUGAAGAGACUGAAACUUUUGCACAAUCGUUGGCAAGAUUGGCAUGUGAAAGGGAGGCAAAUCAGAAUUUCAAGAAUUUUCAGUGUGAGAAUAAGGUGUUUUCUUUUGUUCAGGGGUGGCUGGAUUGUCAUGGUCCUUAUGAAUAUAUUGUGGAUGGUGCAAACGUAUGUCUUUAUCAACAAAACUUUUCUAAUGGGGGCUUUAACAUCCACCAGUUAAAAUCUGUUGUGGAAGAGGCACGCCAAAGAAGCUUGAUGAAGAAAUGGCCACUCAUUAUAUUGCACAAUAAGCGGACAAGAGGAGGGCCAGCAGACGAACCUUACACUAAACAACUAUUUGAGGACUGGAGAAAAUCUGGUGCAUUAUACACAACACCUACUGGGUCAAAUGAUGAUUGGUACUGGUUAUAUGCAGCUGUGAGAUUCAAAUGUUUUCUUGUAACAAAUGAUCAAAUGCGAGACCAUUUGUUUGAAAUAUUAGGCAACGAAUUUUUCCCAAAAUGGAGGGAAAGUCAUCAGGUCUACUUUACUUUUAAUAGAUUGGGUCCACAGCUUCACAUGCCACCUCCUUACUCUGUUGUAAUUCAAGAGUCUGAGACAGGCUCAUGGCACAUUCCUAUUAAAGGAGCUGAUGACAUUGAGACUGUUCGAAGUUGGCUAUGUGUUACAAGAUCUGGAACUUCUGGGCUUGAGCAACGAUUGAUUUCGUCUGAGGAAGGAAAUACAUUAUGUCAAUCUCAAUGCCUGGGCAUUGAAGGUAUUUGUGUUGCAAACACGUCUGCCCACAUGGUGCAGUUAUCAACAUGCAACCAGAAUACUGACGUGAUUGAAUGUUCAACAAAUUUUACAAAAUCCUUCCUGCCAAGAGCAGGAGGGAAAAGGAAAAGCAGGUCAUCGUCUCCUUCAAGUCCUAGUUAAAUCUUAUUCUUGUAACACAAUAAAGGUUAGAAUCUGUCUUGUUGGGAAUCUAAGUUUACUAAAUAGAAAAUUGGAAGGUCUGGGUAGCCUAAAUAUCCAUAAAUUGCUGUGGCUUCCAGUCUUCACAAUGAGAGCUUAGCUUUACUUUGGUGUCCUCAUUUAUUAUGUGAGGAACACUUGGGUAGCUGUUCUAUAAACACAUCAUGUCUCUCUACAAGAGAAAGAUGUGGAGAGUACUGGCCGAUCAUGACUUGCAGAAAUCUGAUGAAUACAAAAUCAUUUAUAUUAGUUGGCAUUUACAUAGAGAUGAAAACACGAAAGAAUCUUAAGGGAAUCUGAUUGAUGUAAUUACAUGAGAAAAUUUUGUUCA